AUCGGCACACAAAACACACAGCGUGCAUGUAUGUGCGCGCACCACACACAUACACAUACCAUGCAGCCGUGUAUGUACAUAUGUAUGUGUCGCUGAAUAUUGGGCAUUUAUGCAAAUAAAAGGCAAAAGAUAAAAGUCGAAAGAGGUUUCGAUUUUAGUUAAAGGUAUUCAAAGCAAGGGCAUCCUCGGAUGCGGAUGCGAAUGCUCCCAAUCCGUCCCGUGAAUCUCCUUUCCGCCCUGCAAAUAAAAUAUCGGGUUGGUGGAAAGUAGAUGCUGCAGAAUAGGCCUUCGUUCGGGAGGAAAGUGGAAAGUGGCCGCCUAGGGGCAGUUCCUGGGUAUUACGUAUGUAGCAAGAACACUAAGGCAAAAGCACAUGCGACGUAACCCAGUGGCAUUCCGACCAACAUCAAAGCGGAAAGGCAAGGCAAGGAAAGGAAAGGCUUCUCUGCUGCAUUGCGUACCAUUCCGUUCCGUUUCCCAUUUCCCAUUUCACUUUCUUGAGCCGAAGUGGCUCUUUAAGCCAAUAAGUUCACGUCAAUUCAUUGCAGAAGAAUUGCAGAAGUGGCUUAGGCUUAUUGAAUCGCGUCUUCGCGACGUUUGCAUCACCGCGCGCUCAAUGCUCGACUUUUUAUAAUACAGAUGAAUGGGAAAUACGUACUUAUGUAUAUCUAGUAUUUCAAAUGUAUAAUUACUUAAUGUGCCACAGAGUGCAGUGCAUAGUACAUAGCAUUCAGUAUAUGAUAUAGGUAUAGGUAUAGGUAUAGUGCACUUUUGGCCAGGCAGUCGAUUGUCGAUGGCUGUAGUCCGCACUGCGGUCCCAAUUCGCCAAGAGAGCCCGGUGAGUGCACCAUCUGAGAUCAACAUGAACGGCUAUAACCGAAAAUCGCCACAAAAACGGCGCUAUGAGAUGCCAAAAUAUGCUGUAUCGCCGAAAAAGAAAAUCUGCAAGGAGCGCAUUCCGCAGCCGAAAAAUACAGUGGCAAUGCUGAAUGAGUUAAGACAUGGACUGAUUUACAAAUUGGAGUCACAGACUGGUCCGGUGCACGCACCUUUAUUUACGAUAUCCGUUGAGGUCGAUGGACAAAAAUACUUGGGCCAGGGUCGCAGUAAAAAAGUCGCGCGUAUUGAAGCGGCAGCUACGGCACUGCGAAGCUUUAUACAAUUCAAGGACGGAGCAGUUUUGUCGCCAUUGAAGCCAUCGGGCAACUUGGACUUUACCAGCGACGAGCAUCUUGAAAAUGGUAUUGAAAAUUUGAGCAAUAAACAAUUGAUCGAAAUCAUUGAGACGUUGAUGUUGACUGAAAAGAAAUCCAACCUUACCUCGCUUGAACAACCCACGUUGCGUCUUCAAAUGUUUUGCAUGAGUCAGAAUGUCAGCAAGAGUGCUAUUGCUGUUGACGGACAAAAAAAGGUUCCAGAUAAAGGUCCUGUAAUGCUUCUGUACGAGUUAUUUAAUGACGUUAAUUUUGAAUGCAUUAAUAUUGACGGCGCUCAAAAUAAUUGUCGCUUCAAGAUGACUGUUACAAUUAACGAAAAAAAAUUUGAUGGAACAGGUCCCUCUAAAAAAUUGGCCAAAAAUGCGGCAGCUAAAGCGGCGCUUGCAUCGUUGUGCAACAUUUCCUACAGUCCAAUGGUCGUGCCACAGAAGAACGUACCCCUUCCAAUCGACGACAAGUCAUCAUCCAUGGAGUUGCCGCAAAUACAUGCAGAUACAAUUGGACGACUGGUUUUGGAAAAGUUCAUGGAAGUAAUAAAAGGUCAGGAGGCUUAUUCGCGUCGAAAGGUAUUAGCGGGCAUUGUUAUGACUGAAAACAUGAAUUUUUGUGAAGCCAAAGUUAUUUCAGUUUCAACGGGUACAAAGUGUGUCAGCGGCGAACAUAUGAGUGUGAACGGAGCUGUCUUAAACGAUUCUCAUGCUGAAAUAGUCUCUAGGCGUUGUCUUCUCAAGUACUUAUAUGCACAGCUGGAUCUUCAGUGCAAUCAGGCCACAGCAUAUCAGUCGAUUUUCGUGAGGAAUACUGAUGGGCAAUACCCUUAUAAACUAAAAUCCGGGGUACAUUUCCAUUUGUAUAUAAAUACAGCACCUUGUGGGGAUGCACGGAUAUUUAGUCCUCACGAAAACGACACUGGUGUUGAUAAACAUCCAAAUAGAAAAGCUCGUGGCCAAUUGCGUACAAAAAUCGAGUCCGGUGAGGGCACAAUUCCAGUUAAAAGCAGUGAUGGAAUACAAACGUGGGAUGGCGUAUUGCAGGGCCAACGCUUACUUACUAUGUCGUGCUCAGAUAAAAUUGCACGUUGGAACAUCGUAGGUAUCCAAGGCUCCUUAUUGUCUUCCAUUAUUGAACCAGUGUACCUGCAUUCGAUUGUGCUGGGCAGUUUGUUGCACCCAGAGCACAUGUACCGUGCAGUGUGCGGCCGAAUAGAAAAGUCUAUUCAAGGUCUGCCACCGCCGUACCAUUUGAAUAAGCCACGCCUGGCAUUGGUCACUUCGGCAGAACCGCGAAACCAGGCCAAGGCACCAAACUUUGGGAUUAAUUGGACCAUUGGUGAUACUGAGUUGGAGGUGGUGAACUCGCUCACUGGUCGAACGAUUGGCGGUCAAGUGUCUCGCAUCACGAAGCAGGCGUUUUUUGUUAAAUAUGGAUUUUUGAUGGUAAACCUACCAGGUAUUUUAGUCCGCAAAGUAUCUACAGACUAUGGGCAAACCAAAGCAAACGUAAAGGACUAUCAGACGGCGAAGCUAGAAUUGUUUUCUGCAUUCAAACGCGAGGACCUUGGAAGCUGGCUUAAGAAACCCAUUGAACAAGACGAGUUCGGCCUUGCCGAAUGACUGCAUUCAUCACUACUAUUUAAUUUAAUAAAAGACAACGGAAACGGCAAGCAAUUAAUAGAAUUAGAUGAUAUAAUAUUUACGACAAAUUCUGAUGUAGAAUGCAAUUUAUGUUGGGUGCAAACACAGCGAUAUGAACUUCACAUGAUUGGGAACCUGCCAACCUUGGGUACCCAUUUCAACAGCAAGCACAAAGAUGCUAAUGCUCGAAAUAUACAAAACGGCUCUAGAAUAUUUAUAGAAUAGAAUGUAGUUUUUAUGCUGGAACUGAGUAAAGGAGUAUUAUGGCGUUUUUUUUUGAAUCAAUUCAUUUUAAAGUUGGCUAAAGCAAUAUCUAACUCAUCUAAGUUUACCACUCAAUUUAUUAUUUAAGUUUAUAAAAUCGACCUCGCCUUAACCACACUGCUAUAUUUUUCAAGUGAGUUGGGUUUGGGAUAGGAAGAAAUCAUGUUACAAGGCAGUUACAAAAUACAGGCUAACUUUUAUAACCGCGGAACGACAUCUGCCACAAAAAAACUUUCAAUUUAUAGAAUUGAUUUAACCUUGAUAAAACUACAUCGACUUAUAGAGACUUCGAGUUACGGAUUUUGGAGUUAUAGAAGUUACACUGUAUAUAGCAACAGCAAAAAUCUAUAAAUGCGAAAAACCCAAACAUGAUUCUGUUAUCGAUUAAGCAAUGUAUCUUAUUAAGUAAAGUCAUUUGCAACGACAUAAUAAUUAUAAUAAAGUCACGCUUAAUAUAAACAUAAAGUAGAUUUUAGGUAAAUCUACAUUGUUUUCACGUAUUUUUCUUCAGAUCGUAUAUACACUUAAGCUUUCAUCGAUUUUCAAAAUAUAAAACUGUGUUCUUGGUUAAAAUACUUUUACUAUAACAUUUUAUCAAUUAAAUUAUGUAGAUUUCUUUAUAAUUACAAUAUUAGUUGAAAUAAAUAACAUGCAAACAAAUAGCCUAGUUACCAAUUUUAUAGCAUGAUAAAAACAUAUAAAAAUUACUCAAAUGUAAUCACGAGGCUUGAGGCGCCAUUUUCUAUGUAGACAGAUAUAUUGUAUUAGUUUUGGUAAAUUGUUUGUACAUCUUAAUAUUUUCUAUCAAACUUACUUCUUCCUGAUUUCUUCCAAUUGACCAACUUCUGGUUGCUCGUUUUAAAAAGUAUGGCAAUUUUAAAUGGUCAAGAAAAUUGCUAACAUACAAAAGCUUUUAAAUUUUUAAGAUUGGUCUUCCAACUGACCUAAAAAGUAUUCAUAUUUAACGUAUUUGGAACUCAAUUUGAAUUGUACUUAAAAAUGGUACGAUUAAUUACCAUUAACUAGUCAUUCUGGUAUUCUCAUUCAAAAUUCAGUCAUGAAAAAUAAGUAUUACGUCAAAGUUUCAUAAAACACAAAAAUGAAAAAGACAGCAAGACUUUAGAGCAGAAUAGCUUGUCUCGUGCACUCAUUUAUAAUUUUUGCGAAUCGACUUUACUAAAAAAAUACUUUCGACUUAAAAAGUUUAAGUGCCGUUUUGUAAAGAUAUUAUUUUUAAUUAAGGCCACCUAUUUAUUAGAACACCACAGCUUAUUUCAUGUAACAAUUUAACACAAUUUUUUUAUGUUUUUUAUUUCGAAUUUGAUUCAGAUAUAAAAGUAUUGCUUUUUUUCCUUUGAAUCGGUUAAAUUGCUUACAUUAAAUUAAAUUUUCUUCGUUUUUAAUUUUUGGAAUUGCUGGUUAUUUUUAUAAUUUUAGUCCUUAAAUCGUAUUUUAAAAUCAGGACCGGAAUAAGCUAUGGUAAUUUAAUAGCAAGAAUUUUGCAAAUACUAACCACAAUAAAAUACAAAAUCCGAAGGCCAUAAGAACUGUGAAAUUGUAACUUAAAAGUCAUCAUUUCAUAUGUUUCAAGUUAUGUCGUAAUUUAAAAAAUCUUAAAGUUCUGUUUAGUUCAAAGUGAUACAGGAACACUAUUUUUUCUCCGCCUGCUAAAAAAAAUAUUGGCAUGGUUAAAAAUGAAACACAACAACUUGUGAGAUUUCUCCCUUUUUUCGAUUAUAUUAAAAAUACCCUUCUAAUGUGACGAUAUAAUUGACUUAAGUAAUAUUUGCAAAAAAUACUGCAUAUGAUGAAUACAAAAAAAGUUGAUCUUAUAUAAAAUACUGUGAUACUAAAUUUUACUAGUACUUCCAGCAUAGCUGCAUUUUAUCCAUUCUUAAAUAUUCUAUGAUAUAGAAGCAGCAGCAGAUAAUAAUCAAUGACUAUAUAGGAAAACAAAAAAAAAUUUUUAAGGGACAUGUACAAUGCGUGUCUACAUUAGAUUUUCAAAUAAGAAAUUUUACAAAAUAUAUUAAUACGUAUGGGAAAAGGUAGGUAUAACAUUGGGAUUUCUCAAAUAUCAUUUUUAUUGCAAUGCAAAACAACAGGCUCUACGAUGCAAGCAUAUAUAGAUCAACUUCAGUCAACUAAAGAAAGAAAAGUACAGAAAGCAUAAGAACAAAUAUAUACGGAACAUUCAAAUUAAAAUCUUAAAUAUGUAGGUUAGAUGCCGGUAUAUUCCAGACCCAGAAAAUUAAUGUUCAAUAUUUAUUGAAAUACUUAUCUAAGAAAAACAAUAAGGUAUCUUUUUAAAUUUAAAUCCGUUGGGGGAAAAUACAUAUUUAUAAUAGUAUGCUAGUCAUUAAACGAGUUUUCUACUCUUGUUAUGGAAUGGCUUUAAUUGUUCACUCCUCACGUUAUUAAGUUGAUUUGCCUAACAAUUGAAAUGCAUAUUAUUUCAUAAUAUAACUGAAAAUUUUUUUCGAAAAAAAUAAAAUAAGUAUGACAGUUGCAAUCUGUAUUUGCAAGCUUGAUUUACAAAAUAAAUAAGAAUACAAAUUCAAAAGAUUGCAAAACUUUUGGAAAGUAUUUCUCUCUCUUCCGAACAAAAAUGCUGUCUUGCAAACAUAAGUAGAUGCUUAUAGAUUUCUGCGGGUUAUAUUGUAUCCCGUUAAAACAGUGAUAAGACCCGUACUACUAUUAUGUUCUAGACCAAAACGGGAAAAUGUUAUCAAAACCAUAGCAAGAAGAAAUAUUAAAAAACAAGUACUAUGAAAGUAGAUUUACACACUUAUUGCAUAUAUACGUAUGUAAGCAAUGUAACGAAAAUGAAAAUGUUUGGAUUAGUCGCUUAGGACAAUUAUUCCAUUUGCAAUUGAAUGAAUACUUAAGGCAACUGAUUUAAACAUAGGUUAAGUUAUAUUCUUUAGAAUCCAAACAUGGGCAACAUCGAAGGUGAACACUUACUAUUGAUUUGUAGUUUUUGAAUGUUGAAAGACUAUAACCAAUAAGAUAUCUAAGACACUAAUUGCUAAACUUAUUGCCAAUCAGAGAAAGGAUGCACAUGAUUAAAUAAUAAAUCUGAUAUAAUUUAAAAUGUUUUAAAUUUCUUGGCAUCUUCUAACACUAUCUCUGAGACACAUAGUAUACUAACUCAUUAUUAACUUCUAUUCUGACAAAAUAGUAUAUAAAAGACACAAAAACAAUUAAUAUCCAGAUAAACCGAAAAAACUUGAAUUCAAAAUUAGGUUUAUACAAAUGUACACUACAACUUCACUUAUCCAUAUUUCAUCAAAUCCGUUUAGGUAAUGAAAGAACACUGAAUCUAUAAAAUACCAAAUUAAUCAAUCUAGUCGAAAACUGAAAAUCAUAUUUAAUUGCAGUUUAUUUUUAAGACUUUUUUAACACUGGAUACAUUGUUGAUUCCUCUCAAAUUUAUAAUUUUAAAGGAUAAGUCGGUUUAAAAAAAUAGGAAUCAAAUGCAGACAUGGCAUCUUUAGUUUAAAAACAAUACCGUAUGUACCAGAAAAUCAAUACAUGCAUAACUUAAUAUAUAGAAAUACACACUUAUACGUAAAACUUUGUUCUUGAUCCAAAAUUAGUGCAAGUAUCCAAACGUUUAAAUGAGAAUAACAGCGAGCAACAACUUAGUUAACUGCUGCCUUUAACCAAUAAAGUGGGCAAACACAAAUGUAUCAAUAACUUAACAAUUUUAAAUAGAUUUAACGAUGGCCUUUUUGUUUUAUAAUCGACUGUCAGCCAAUAAAAUAACCCCCACGUCAUUGAACCGAAAUUUAAACCUUAUAAGCAUAUGAAUAUUUAAAUAAAUCGUUCGGUCUCCAACUACUGUAAAUGAAAAUUUAAUAAAUUACCAAUAAUAUAUAGAGUACAAAACUGG